AUGUCUAUCUCCACAGUGGUUAUACUUCUAGCUGUGAGCGCUCUGACGCUCUAUCUUUGCAUCAGACAAAAGAGACAUGGUCUAAAGGGGAAUCUACUCCUCAAACUGCCGCUGAUUGGCGAUCUUCACAGCUCUCCGAUCGAGAAGCCCCUGGUAAACUGGAGUGAUUGGUCCAAACAACAGGGCCCGAUUGUAGUUCCGAAACUCUUUGGGAUUGUGCCUAUCGUCGUCCUCAAUUCAUAUGAAGCGGCCACUGAGCUCUUCAGUCGCCGCAGCCAAUGGUACAGUAAUCGACCGGCCUCGGUCAGCAUGGAGAUGAUUACGGGGGCUGGACCAGGACGCUCUCGGUUUACGCUGAUGCAUGACUAUGACGAACACCUGAAGCUGCAUCACCGCAUUCUCUCACCAAGUCUCGGUGCACCUGCUGCAAGCAAGUACCAGCCGCUCAUGGAACUUGAGGCCAAGCAGCUUCUCUUCGACCUCACUACAGUGUUGAAAGCGUCUGCCAAUGGCUGCACAAUCACUACAAAGGCCAUAUAUCCUCUCUUUGAGCGGACUCAGGCUAGCGUCAUUCUGGCCCUACAUUAUGGUUUUCGGAUUGCCCAAUUCGAAGAUCCACUACUUCAUGAGAUCAUGGAUAUUCAAGCUAAGGUCACCCACUUAGCUGCAAACCCACAGCUACCAGACAUUGUGCCUUUCUUACGCCAUCUACCCACCGUCAUUUCACCAUGGCAGCAGCAUGCUGAUAGAAUCUACAAAUCCCAAGUGGAUCUUUAUCUGCGUCUCUUCCGUGAAGGUAGGGACGCGCCGGGUUGGAACGCCACCAAACAAGCCAUUGCGACUGCACCGAAACAUGCGCCCCCAGACUCCCCAGUUGAAGAUCUCGAUCUUGCGUUCGCGCUCGCAACAUCCAUUCAAGGUGGCAUGGAGACAUCUCCGCGCCAGAUGCUUUGGCUGUUUGUUGCCGCCAUUCAGAACCCUGGCUUUAUGACGCCCGCGCAUCAAGUGCUAGACCAAGUCGUUGGUCGCGAUCGUCUGCCUCGAUUCUCAGACCGUAACAGUCUCGCGUACAUCGACGCCGCCGCACAUGAGUUACUUCGCUGGCGGCCAAUAUCUCCAGGAUCCAUUCCACGCCGUGCCGGCCGCGCGGAUGAAUUCGGUGGUGUCAAAAUUGUCAAAAACGUCACCAUCAUGGCAAACGCAUGGGCCAUUGGGCGCGACGAGAAGGUUUUCGACCCAGCACUCGGUGACGCAGAAGCUUUUGUGCCCGAGCGUUGGAUGUAUGACGACAGAUUGUGUAGUGAUCUUCCUCUGCCGGUGUUUGGUCAGGGUAGAAGAGUCUGUCAAGGAAAGCGUAUCGCUACUGACGGCACAUUUUUGAACAUUGCAUAUUUGCUCUGGGCCUUUAAUAUAGAAGCAUUCGACGGUGAGGAGGUAGACCCAUGGGAAAUGGUAGUUGUCGGAUUCAUGACUAAGCCAAAGCCAUUUAAGUUUCGCCUUAAGCCCAGGGGGGAAUGGGCACAUAACGUUGUGAGAGAGGAGUGGGAAAGGGCCGAAAAGAGCUUAGAGAUGGUAAUGGGCAUGGCCAAGGAUGUUGAGAAGUAG